AUGGGCGCGCGGGCCUUGAACGGAGAGUGCCUCGCCGCCACUCUCUGCGGCGACAGCAAGACCGUCUGCUCCGGCGACACGCCCCAGUGCACGGUCAACGACAGCGUGUACGUCGACGACUCUAGCAAGGUCCUCAGCAACUUCGUGUGCUGCCCCAGCACCCAGAAGGCCCUCAAUGGGAAGUGCUAUCCGGGAGACGCGCCGCUCACCCCGUGCUACCAGGCCCCCGGGGUCUGCGACUGGGGAAAGGGCUACUACUGCGCUUGGAAUGAGGGCAAUGCGGACUCCAGAUGCUGCAAGUUUGACGAGUACUUCAAGGGCAACAAUUGCGUGAAGAAGGCCUGA